UUUCAGGGCUCGGUGCAACCACCACACACACUCUUUUGACUUCUCUCUCACACAUAUGGACAAAUACACACACACACACACACACACAGCGCAAAGGGGAUCUUGGCAGCAGAGGAGCCUAAAAGUCAUUGACCGAACUCACAUCAGCCGCCUUUGUCUGCACAGCGUUUGAAGAAGAGAAGAAGAGCAAGAGGUGAUAGAGAGGACUGUAAAGACGAGUGUAAAGAGGGUCAAAGGAGUGCAUCGCUUUGGGUUUGUUUAAGUCGUUCAAUUAAAUCAACGGCUGAAAAUGGAGAACACGUGAGGGGAAAGAGGAGCGAGGGUAAACUUGGGGCAAAAAUGCUGCUGGCUAAAGUUUGUGGAUAUUUCUAGAGGGAUUUCAUUUUAUUGCCCUUGAACUUUGAGGAAGAAACGCACAGGGUCGACAGAGGACUGCGAAGAAGCCUGUAGGUGGAACAUUGGGUUCUCCAGGAAACAUGGCAGCCACCAACCCUUUCUCCUGCCCCUUUUUUCUCUCCUUCCUCUUUUUAUUCUUGGUGAUCCGGCCAGCCUUCGCCCAGGGUCCAUCAGUUACAGCUGUGGGAGUAACUGAGGAUUCACCUACCACACUGACUAACCAGACAACUACCAGCUAUACAGAGACCACCCAAAACACUCCUCCAGAGACAGGGCUUUCCACUCCCAACAGUGGUGGAGAUACAGAUGAUGAGGAUCUCCCUCCUGCUGGUGGGACACGUUGCCAGGGUUACUAUGAUGUCAUGGGUCAGUGGGACCCACCUUUCAACUGUAACGCCGGUGUCUUCCUGUACUGCUGCGGUACCUGCUUCUACCGUUUCUGCUGCCAGUUCCGUCAGCAGCGCUUGGACCAGAACAUCUGCUCCAACUAUGACACUCCCAUCUGGGCAAACACUGGCAAACCAGUUGCCACCAUUACUGAGGGACAGGGAGACCUGGACCGGGACCGCACGCAACUUAUCGUGUACAUCAUCUGUGGGGUGGUGGCCAUCAUGGUACUGGUUGGCAUCUUUACUAAACUGGGCCUGGAGAAGAGCCGUGGGGGAAGCGGAGGAGGAGUAGGAGGGGCAGCACAGGCCGACCUCAACUCCAGGACGCUGACAGACCUGCUGAAACAGCAGGGGAAUGAGGUGAGCUCGGUGGAAAAUGCCACGGCCAGUCCGCCCAGUGCAGGGAGAGUCAACGGCGUCUCAGCCAGGAUGCUGCGCAGCAGGAGUGAACAGUACCAGCUGAAUAACUCUGCUUAUGGACCAUUUGGACAAGGGCUUCCACAGCCUCACAGCAACCACAGCGCAGUGGGACUGAACAAAUACACCUCCCUCAAAGCUGUGGCUGAAACUGCAUCUCGGAGCUACUACAAGAGCUUCCCUCUCAUGGAUUUCUCCCACUACCAGCCUGUAGCCCCGCCUGCCUUCCAGCCUGUGCCCAUUCCACCUAAAGAGAAAUCAUACAUCCAUCACCAACCCCUGCCAGCACACCACGAUAUCCACUCCCCUCUUUCAAUCUCCAUCCCCCCCAGCCACCUCAAGCAAUCACGCCUCUCUAAGACAACCACACACCCGUUUCUCUCCAACUCGGCCUUCAAAGCAUGGGAGCCAAACGCCCGCCAUGUCCACAGGCAGACCUCCGCCCCAGCGCAUGCUUCCACCUCUCUGCACAGCUCCACCCGGAGACACAACUACUCAACCCGGAGGCAGCAGAGCACAGAGAAUGUCCCAGAUCUCUAUACUCAACCCUAUGGAGGGAUGUAUGGAGGAACUGGAGGGGGAGCAGGACAGGGGCCACAUGUCCAGGGGCAACAUCCAUCUCAACCCACUUAUUACCACCACACCAGACAGAAGAGCUACUCCACCCACAGUGCAAAUGAGGUGACUGUCUGAGCGGCAGCAACUCAGAGUGCGGCCUUCCACCAUAUUUAACACAAAAACGAAAACGCUUUAGCGUAAGACAAAAGGGCCAGAGUUUGGGACAGCAUGUCCAACAUGUGGUUAAUUAAACAAGGAGUUUUUUUAAGACACGAAAAAAUGAAAAGGGGUGUUUUCAUAAGAGGAAACAGUCAGGUUCAGGAGGAAAACAGUGCAGAACCACCACUUUGUAGAAAAUGGACUGUGCUGGUAAAGGUUAUUACCGCACUUGACCAAAUGUCUCGUAUAAUAAAUGUUUAGAUUUCACCCAAGGAUAUCUCAAAUCCACUCUCAGGCUUCAAUAGGCUGCAAAGCUAUAAAAAUGUCCAACUACUAAAGAUUUUCCACUACAGUGUGCUUCAAUUGCGGUUGUACAGGCCAUAUGGUACGGAGCCUCGCAAGGGACAUGUUAGAAAAAAAAAUAAAGAUGAACAUUUGCGAGAUCUCGCAAAUGUUUUAGUCGCAUCCUUCAGAGGCCGCCAGCUCGUAGCCGACCGGGAGGUCGAGGCACGAUGUGCCGGGAGUGCGGUGUUCCCCCCGGCUGUAGUGCACCUCAACCUCCCUUUAGCUUCAAGCUGGUGGGUAACAGACGUCUCCGAAAACGCCGGAGCACUUUUGCA